UUGGCCUGUUCCACCACGUAUUUCACCUACGCUAGUCAGUCUAAAGCGACCUGCAAGCUAUGAAGACACGACUGCGUGACAGUAUGUUGCUGGUUCUGAUUCUGAUCAUGGUUCAGAUGAAUCGGGUUCACUCUCAGGAUCCCCAGUGGCCGGUUCACACAGUCUGCGACUCUGAAAGAAUUACGGUCACCUACAGGAGCUGCGACCCUUUGCAGGAUGUAGGUUUCACUUUCCUGCCUUGCCCUGAAAGAUUAACCGAUCUUGUAAAAAUCAGAUUGGCCUUGAUUCUGAGGCAGUCCAUCGAUGAGCUUUAUUCAUCAUACGAGCUGUGGCUAAAUGGUCACACAAUCUUGAAACGAGACGAGCCCCUCUGUCUUCCUCAUUUCCCACGUUUCAAGUUUUGUGGAAACAGGAGAGGAGAAAUCACCAUCGUUGAGUCAUCGUUUAAGUCAAAAAUAGAUCUUCCUCUAAAGGCUAAUUUUGAUCUUAAACUACGUGCAAUAAAUCAAGAUGGCUUCCUGAUUGCCUGCGUGAACACCACUCUCAGCUUUCAUUGAUCCUUUAAGAGCAGAGGACCUGUUCUUCAGCUGAGAGCUACUGUAAAAUGUAUUACAUUGUGGUAAUCAUAUUAAAUAGUGUUGAAUGUUAUUACUGCAUUUCAGCAAAGGAAUGUUUAAGCUAUUUGUGUUGUUCCUCUAUGAGAGACUAAUUGGUGUUUGUACAGUUAUGGGAACUGUAACUGCUGAGUAAAUAUCAGCGUGUGUUCAGGAUUUUAGAUGCUGUCAGAUGAUUUUAUUGUUUUGCCCUGGUCCCAGAUCUUUACUCUUUUAAAACUAUAAAAAUCCAUUAAAAAAUAAAAUACAAACAGAAAGGGGGAAAAAAAGAGAGAGAGAGAAAAGAGAAUUAUUAUAAAAAUUUCAUUUCAAUAUUUAUUUUGGGAAAAUAAUUAAUUAAAUUAAUAAGUUUUUUUUUCUCCUGAAAAUUACGGAGGACACUUGAGCAUGACUGAAAUACAGUAUGAGACCGUAUCUGUGAAUAAAAUAAAGGAACAUCAAGGUAA